AUGAAACUGACCAGCGCCGUCGCCCUGCUCGGUGCAUCUAUGCCCGGAGUUUUAGCGUGGGGAAGUUUGGGACACAUCACAACCGCGUAUAUCGCAAGUAGUUUUGUUGCCAACACAACCGAGGCAUUCUUCCAGGACCUACUGCGAAAUGAGACUGAGCACUAUCUCGCCGGCAUCGCGACCUGGGCCGACACAAUUCGCUACACGCGAUGGGGUCAUUUCACAGGGCCCUUCCACUUCAUUGACGCCAAGGACAGUCCCCCGGAAUACUGCGGUAUCGACUUCGAGCGUGAUUGCAAAGCGGAGGGCUGUGUUGUGACGGCAUUGGCAAACUAUACCGCCCGCUCUCUUGACCCGAAGCUGAGCGGUUGGGAGCGCAACCAGGCUGCCCGCUUCGUUGUCCACUUCAUCGGAGACAUCCAUCAGCCUCUGCACAAUGAAGAUGUCGCGAGAGGCGGCAACGGCAUCCACGUCAAGUGGUACGGUACCGAUUUCAACCUACAUCAUGUUUGGGACAGCUCCAUUGCCGAGAAGUUGAUCGGAGGCGCCAGGCGCAGGCCAUAUGACAACGCGAAGCGGUGGGCGGACGCAUUGGCCGAAGAGAUAAAGAUGGGCAAAUUUGCAGACCAGAAGAACGAAUGGCUCAAAAGCCUCGACUUCAACAACGUAACGGAAACCGGUCUGCGAUGGGCGAGGGAGGGAAAUGCAUAUGUCUGCACCCACGUUUUUCCCGAAGGUCCGCGUGCGAUCGCCGGCCAGGAACUUGGCGGCGAGUACUUCCAAAAGGCGGCACCCGUGAUUGAACUUCAGGUUGCCCGCGCGGGAGUGAGAAUGGCAGCUUGGCUGGAUCUGAUUGCAUCGGCGUAUACGGAAGAAACAGAGAGGGACAUCGGCUACAAUGCCAACGCCGACAUGGGCUCGGAGGAAUUGUAA